AUUACGAUUACGUACAGAAAAGGUGAAACGAAUACGAUGGAUGGUGAGUUCUGUAAAGAAACACGAGAGUGACCGGAUAAAAUUAAAGGCGAGUACGGGAUGGUGAAAUUUUGAACGCAGCUCGAAGAGGGUAAUACAGUGAGAUAAGAGUACUCUGAUUUUGUGAGUGCGCCGUUGCUCGAAUCGGUAAUUUUCACGGUGAAUCUCGGUUCGCCUAGCGAAGGAACUGUAAAAAAGGGUAUGAGGAAGAAGCGUACGGAUAACACGUAGCGAUUGGCCCCUUCUCGUUUCGGAGAUGCGGCGCUAUCCACUGCAUAUCAACGUCGCCCUCACCGUCGUGUUACUGGCGAUGUGUGCAACCGUCGUGCGGGCCGGCAAACGAGAGAGGGAAGUCUGGUAUGAAACGGCAACGCGGGCGAUCGAGACGCGGAUCAGGGAGGCAGCGAGCACCAGCGUCAGCGGCACGACGCCGCCGACCGGGAUGGCACGUGGUGUCGUCCUCUUCGUCGGCGACGGCAUGGGGAUGAGUACCCUCACAGCGGCGAGGAUUCUCGCAGGUCAGCGUCACGGAAACCCGGGUGAAGAGACGCAACUCGCGUGGGAGAGCUUCCCAGCAGUAGCGUUGGCGCGGACGUACAACAUGGAUGCCCAAGUUGGCGAAUCGUCGGCCUGCGCGACGGCAUUGCUCUGCGGAGUUAAAGCUAAUUACGAGACUGUUGGUCUGGAUUCAUCGGCACGUUUCGAGGACUGUUACUCUAGUUUCGAAGCACGCGUUCCUUCGCUUAUUAAUUGGGCUCAGGAUCAAGGCAAAUCGACGGGGUUGGUUACAACCACCAGGGUUACACACGCGACACCAGCGGCUCUUUAUGCACACGCGGCCAGCCGUUACUGGGAGGACGACGGCAAAGUGCCACCUGCUGCACGUACCUCUUGCAAAGACAUUGCGCGUCAGCUGCUUGAGGAUGAGCCUGGCUGUAACAUUACUGUGAUACUUGGUGGUGGGAGACGUCAUUUUGUACCGAAGGUGACUUUGGACCCCGAAGAGCCGGAAAAAGAAGGCAGGCGAUUGGACGGUAGAAAUCUUAUUGAAGAAUGGUCCAGGAAUCAUCGUAAAAGAAACAUAGCCGCGAAAUACGUCGCCAAUAAGGAACAGUUUGAAAAGGUGGACACACGAAGAGUAAAUCGUUUAUUAGGACUCUUCGCCUAUUCUCACAUGGACUUCAACGUCGACCGGAACACGAACGACACCGGCGAUCCUUCUCUAGCAGAGAUGGCGAUUAAGGCGCUUCGGAUACUGGCGAACAAUCCCGAGGGAUACUUCCUCUUCGUGGAGGGUGGAAGAAUCGACCAUGCUCACCAUUACAACAACGCUUAUCGUGCCCUGGACGAAACUCUAGCGCUGGAGGAAGCCGUUGAGGCAGUUAUGAAGGAGGUCGAUCUCACGGAAACACUCCUUGUGGUAACAGCGGAUCACUCGCACGUAUUAACCCUUGGUGGACUGGCAACACUUCGUGGGAAUCCCAUAUUCGGCUCCGACAGCAAGGUGUCGGACGUUGACGGACAGCCCUACACAACGUUGCUCUACAGCAACGGUCCGGGUUACAUACAUCCGCGGAAUAUUCUACGGGAAGCUGGGAAAGAUUCCAUUCAGACGGCAGGCGUGCCGAGGGCGUGGGCGACGCACGGGGGUGAGGACGUGCCGGUGUUCGCCGUUGGGCCCCUCGCGAACGCCCUGUUCUCCGGUAGCGUCGAUCAGAGUUACAUCCCGCACGCGAUCGCCUAUGCUGCCUGCCUGGCCCAUCAUGCCAGCCGUUGCUCCCGGGAUUCUACGAACAACGCGAAUGCCAGCGACACAAUGAACGCCGCACCGAUAAGCUGUCCCUCGGCAGAGCCGAACAGCGCGGCGAUAUCCAGCGACGUAAUGAAUGACCGCAUGCGAAAUCCACCCACAAAAUCCGCCGGUGGUCCCUGCCGUUCAUUGGCUGGCAGCCCUUCGCUGCUGCUGAUGCUGUUGCUGCUGUUGCUGCUGCUGGCGCCAUUGAUGCCUCUGAUACCCGUCGUUCUGCUGAUUCCCCGGUGUCCCUUCGAAAGGACGAGUUAAUGCGCUCCUUUCUUCCGUGUCCGAGGAGGAGAGCGGUCUCCUGUGUGACGUCAGCGGUACAUGACAGCGUGGAGAAGCCACUGAAACGCCGACGUGGAGUAACGGUCGAUGGAGCGACCGCAGUGUAAAUUUGACAGGACGCGGAUCUUCGAGAGUGGCUUACUCCGAACGAGUAGUGAUCGCAUCUCUCAGUGAACCGUUAAAUGGAUGGUUUGCUCAACAUCCAUACGCUGCGAGGGUCACUGAGUGUUGAUGCAGCGCAGUGUAACGUCAUGGUACAGCGCGGAGAGUCCUUGGAAAGGCUUUCCGAGAGCGACUUAAUAGGAAGGAUCCGUCACGAGAGUUUGCCCGAAGAAAAGUGUAUUUGCAUCUCUUUACGUAAGAAUCGGCUGACAAAUUGACCAAUUUAUGUACGAUACGCCGCGUAACAUCGGUGAGGUAAACGACGCGCGUGGCGUAUCACUUCUUAAAGUUCUUAGUUCUCUCAUGCAUUUUUAAUCUCAUACCUCUGAACAUUGCA